AGUAACCUACUGAAAUAAAAAAACUUUCAAAGGUAAGUCUUUUGUGUAUGUGAGAGAGAGGAAAAUGAAGAAAUGUGAUUUCUGCAAUUCUACAGCAAGAAUGUAUUGUGAAUCCGAUCAAGCAAGCCUGUGUAGGGUUUGUGAUGCCAGGAUUCAUACAGCAAAUUUUCUUGUAGCUGAGCACUCAAGAAAUCUUCUAUGCCAUACCUGUCAAUCUCCAACACCGUGGAAUGGUUCAGGUGCCCGACUUGGGCCUUCGGUUUCUCUCUGCGAGUCCUGUGACCUUGAAAACGGGAGUAUAGAAGUAGACGAGGAGGACGAGGAUGAGGACGAGGACGAGGACGAGGAAGAGGACAGGGAAGAACAUAACGAAGAAGAAGAUGAUGCUAACAGUCAAGUUGUAUCUUUGUCUUCAACAUCUAUCCCUCCACCUUCGCCUUCAAGCCCCAAAAGGGAAGAGUCUUUUACUGAACUUUCUAGGGGAAGAAACGAAGUUUACAGUUCAAAUUUUGGGUUCCCGUCUGCAUCUGCAGUUGAGGAUCGUAAUGGAACUGAAAAGCCGGAUGGGGAAAAAAAUGGCUCGUAAACAUUGAGACAAUCUUGAUGAUCUUUGUUCUUCGGGGUGAUUUGUACUUGCCAAUCCAAAUUGGUGUAUAUUAUGCAUGAAUCUCCCCAUCUUUGUAGUGAAGAUUCAGUAAACGAUAUCUGGACGCGGUUUUUAUCAUUCUCUGUGUACUUUCCUACAUGUUAAGAAAAAAGGUGUAAGGCAUUUUGACAAUAACAAUCAAUCUAAAAGCAUAUUGGAAUUCUAGUUUAAAUCAGAUUGCCAACCUAAUUUUGCCUUUGU